CGGCCGCCCCUGUUUUGUUGUUUGGCUAAAGAUGGCGUUAGCGGCUAACGCAGGCGAUUGCAUUUUGUUUCACCAAAGUUAUUCGGCCAGUGGUAACAAAACAUGGAUAUAAUACAGCUUUAAAUCGUUGUUCGACUUGAAAAAAUACGUGUCAUUGAGCAGAUACACGCCCAUUAGUGAGGGCGGCGUUAGUUCGGCCUUGUGACGAUGUAGGCCUGUUUUCGGGGCGCGGACCGGAGCUCGCAGAACUCCAUCUCCCGUCGGUGACCGCGGCGGCAGCUCGUCAGCUGGUACGGCCUUCUUCGUCAUGCUGGUAUCUGUAGUUUUCCGACUCCACUCUGGCAUUGUUUUGAGAAAAGUUUAAAGAGACUUGGUUUCGUGUUUGGAAAGCUUUAAUCCACCGGAUUAGAAUGGCCGCAUCAUCUGUGCAAGGUACUUGGAAACACUUCAGGAUCCCCCCCGCUGAGGGGUCCCCCGAGUCCUCCCUGACCUGGUGCCUGGACCACAUCUACAAACCUGCUCCCUCCGGGGCUGAGCACCCCGGACAUGAGUCCAAAGGCAGGGACAUGGACAAGAGGUCCCGGGUGUCUCAGUGGAAGGCCCUGGUCGCCAUCAGGACGCAGCACAUCAAGGGGGACAAAGCUGGCAUCGCCAGAUUCAGGAGCCAGGGGGGGCUGCGGCCCCUGCUGGACCUGAUCAAACAGCCCCAGUGCUCCAAGAAGACUCUGGACGUGGCUCUCAGCAUCCUGGGGAACUGCUGCACGGAGCUGGAGACGCGAGUGGAGGUUCGAAAGCUUGAUGGAAUAAGUAUUGUAGUGGACGUCCUGAAGAGAAACGUGGCCCUGGAGAGCGUUCAGAACCGGGCCGCCCGGGCUUUGGGGAACUUGGCCAUGGAUCCAGAGAGUUCUGCACUCAUUCACUCUGCUGGUGGCGUGCCCCUCCUCCUCCUCUGUGUGUCCCUGUCCUCGGCCCCGUCCUCCCCCACUGCCGCACCGCCCAAAGAAAACUGCCCCAAACUGGAGUGUGCUCAGUCUGCUGCUCGGGCUCUCCUCUACCUCUCGGACACACACUCCAACCGCCUGUCGCUGCUCACCCAGGGGACCCUCUCGGCGCUCGCCCCCCUCAUCGCGCCGCAGUACCCCCAGGCUCUGCGGCGGGCCGCGCUCCGGACCGUCCACGAGCUGACGCGGAGCUGCAGCGUCGAGUGUGCCAGGGAGGUGUCCCGCUCGGGGGUCGCCGCCAAGCUCGGCGUCAUGGUGUCGGCAGAGUCGGGCAAGCCGUUCGAGGAGCUGGCGCUGAAGACGCUGGCCAACAUGUGCUCCCAGGGCUGCCUGCGGCCCCUGGUGGGGUCCCUGGGGGUCAUUAAGAAGUUCUCACAGGAGGUGAAGAAGGACCCGCUGAAGGCAGGAGUCUUCCUCAAGGCUCUGUGCCUGUGCUGCAAGGAGGCCGUGAACCGGGCCAAGGUGAAGGAGAGCGGCGGGCUGGAGGCGCUCGUCGGCUUCAUGUCCGCUCACCAGAGCCACCCGCUGGCCCGGCUGCCCCUCAUGGCCUGCGUGGACUUCGUUUUCGACGAGUCGGCCAUGGAGCAGCUGCAGGAGCUGGGCCUGGUUCCUCUGCUGGUGGCGCGGCUGGUGGAGCUCACCGGAGGAGACGGCCAGGCGGCCGAGAAGAUGGACGUGAGCCUCUCCUCCAGCACGACCCCCGUCGAGCUGCUGUCCUCCCCCUGCUUCGAUUCCUUCGACUUUCCCACUCUGGAGAGCUGCAAGAAGGGGGAAGCUGGGAAGGAGCAGGGCUCGUCCAGCUUUUUGAGUCUCAGGUCCUGGUUGGUGGCUGAGGGGUUGAUUUCUUCGGAGGGAGACCUGCUGGAUUCGUCGGGUGUGGAGGGGGAGUGGGGAGCCCUCUACAUGCCGCCGCCUUCGGCCCCUCAGACUCCUGUUUAUUCGUAUUCCAGCACCUCUGUUAAGAACACAUCUUCAGCCUCUGUUCGCGUCUCCUCUACUCCCAAGAAGUCAUCUCACGCCUCCUCGUCUCUCAGCAGACACCCCCCCCCCUCCGCCCGGGUCUCCUCUCACUCCCGGUCGGGUUCCUCUUCCAGCAAAACGCACGUCUCUCCCGCCACGUGCCCGUCGUCGCACAGGAGGCGGCCCCAGGCCAGCUCGGCGGCGCGUUUGAUCAAAGUCACCCUGGACGCCCCCCCGUCUGCGCCGCGGCCCACGCCGUGCCACCCCUACCACCCCUACCACCCCGAGCCGUGGACGCCCGAGUCGCCCAUCCUGCUGCUGCUGUCGCGCUUCUCCCACGCCGCCGACCCCAGCGCCGCCCUCAUCACCCCGGGCGUGAUGCCGGGCCUGCUGCUCUACGUCACCCAGCACCGGGACCCCAGCACCCGCUGCAUCCGCAUGCUGUGCCGCCUGAGCUGCAACCCCAGCUGUCUGCAGGCGCUGGUCCGGACCGGCUCGGUGGGCCUGUUCCAGCGCUUCCUGUGCCAGAGAGAGCCGGAGCUGCCGGGGCGGGACCGGCAGACGCACUGGGCCAAGGCCAAAGUCAAACAGCUCGGCGCCGCUCUCCUCAACAACCUGCGAGUCCAGUGUGAGUCUGCGUUCGGCGCCGGCGUCGUCGCACACGUGAUGCUGUCGGGUUCAGAGGUCGACAAGAUGAACUGUGCGCUCUGUCUGCCUUUAAUCAUCAGCAACAAACCCCUGUUGAAGAAACUCCUGGUGGACAGCGGCGGCCUGUUCCUGGCUCUGCAGCCCCUCGCCUGCGCCGGCGAGGACGACGACGAUGGCGAAGAGCACUCGGCUGACAGCAGACGGCUGCUGGCCCGCCUGUUUGCCGCGCCGCACGCGGACGUGGCCGCCGAGCUGCCCUCGCUGUACUUCUCGCUGCUGGCCGAAUGCCUCUCGGCGCUCACCGCCUCCCUCAAACUGGAGCUCGGCCGGAAGCGUUCCGGUCCGCCGGCGGUUCAGUCGCCGGCGGGGAAGGUUCUGCCCCCUCCCUCCAAGAAGGUCCGACUGGCCGACACGUGUCCGUACAGCGCGGCGAGCUUCGACCUGCUGCUGCUGCUGGACGACGGGAGCCGGAUCCCCGCCAGCAGGGACGCCGUGGCGGGACCGGACGGAGGAAGAGGAGGAGGAGGAGGAGGAGGGGGAUCUGAGUACUUCAAGGCUCUGCUGAGAGGCGGCUUCGAGGAAGCUCGCGGCGACGCCGAGAGAGAAAUCUGCAUCGGAGACGUCAGCCCGGGCAUGCUGCUGCCCGUGCUGCACUACCUGCACGGCUGCCGGCUGGCAGAGGAAGCGGCGGCCGCAGGACACUGCCCGCUUCUGGACGCGCUGGCGCUCGACGGACUCAGCGUCUGCCGAGCGCAGCAGUCGGCCAAAGAUCUGUCGUUCCAGAAAACGCCGCUGGGCGAAGGCAUGGCGGGAGCCUGCAGGUUUCUGGUGGACGAGCUGCAGAGGGAGUUGGAGGAGCUGUGCGUGGCGCUUCUCGUGUCCGCCGCCGCCGCCGCGUCGGACGACCGCGCCAAAAAGACUCCCUGCAGGAUGGAGCAAGACGGCCCCGAGUCCGCCGAGGAGAACCUGGCGAUCCGGACGUCGGCGCUCGAGCUGACGGGAUCUGAGAGGCAAACGGAGGUUUCCCCCGAGCAGGCCGAGAAAAUCAACGGUUCUCCUCAACAAACGGAGAGUACGACGGCGUCUCCGCCUGAAACGGAGCAACACGCCGCGAGCGCCGCUCCUGUUUCCGCUUCGGCCAGUCCAGUGCCAAAGAGCGAGAGUCCAGGUCCGGCCGAGCCGGGGAAAGCUUCCUCGGCGGCGCCCGGUCCGUUCCUGCAGUGCGGCGCCGGAGCGGCGGCCCUGUCCGCCCUGCUGCCCCAGGUCUACUGGUUCUGCCAGCGCUACAGCUUCCCCUCGCUGCGGCGGGCCUGCCUCGCCGUGCUGCUGGGCUUCCGGGACUCUCCUCGGCCGCUCUCCUCCGCCGCCGCCGGCGACUGCCUCCGCCGGCUCGCCAGAGAGGCCGACUGCACCGACACCCUGAAGCAGGACCUGCUGGCUCUGGUCUCAGGCGCUCUGAGCUGAAGUGACCGGCGCCAUCCUGUCAGGGUCGGAGGAGCGAGCGUCUGAAACGACUCGACCUGACGUCCACUCCACAGGACUGACCACUUUAUUUUCACGUUCUGGACCUGACGUUUCCUUUGAUUCUUAACGUAGCCUCUUGAAGCAUGACAGACUUAUGUUCCACUUUGCUGAUGCCAGAUUAAUUUCUUAUAUUGAAAUUUUCUUUUUUUUUUUUUUUUUCUAAUUUGGGAAACGGGAGAAAAGUAUCUCCAGUGCAUUGGAUGUGUGUCAUGUAGCUGGAAUGAUCAGGGUUGGCCUCAGCGCCAAUUGUUUGUUUUGUACAUAGAGAUGAUAGCAGAGUGAACAUUCACCUGUCUCAUGGACGUCUGUGACACUGAAUAUAUUGUUGGAGCACCGCCGUGGUUUGGUGUGUGUGUUUGCGUGUGUGUGUAUGUGUUUAUAUAGGAAGGUCAAACACCAAUCCACUCACUUGUCCUCAAAACUUCCUGAACUUACAAACAAUCUGAAAUUGGUGAUAAAAUUAAGUGCAAUCCAAAGUCCCUGAGAUGUUAAUCUCCACUAAAAGCCAGCUGACAGUGUUUUGCAUCAGCAGAAAAUUGUACUAAGUUCUGCUGGACUCAAGAACAAAAGCCACAUUGCAGCGGUUCUGGUUCAUCAGGAGGAGGUUUUUAUUCCGGUCUGGGUGCAGACGGGGGUUCACAGCAUGCGGGGGGGGCG